CCCGCUCCCGGUUUGCCCUGGAGACGGGCUCCGGCGCGUGUUUCCCGCCGAGAUCCGGAGCCGAAGCAAGUGACUGCGUGGCGAGAUGGAAGGCGGUACGCCGGGCCGCUCGGCCAGCGCGCUGUUCGCGGGGUUCCGGGCCCUGGGGCUCUUCAGCAAUGACGUUCCACACGUGGUGCGGUACAGCGCGCUGAAGCGCCGGUUCUACGUGACGACCUGCGUGGGCACGAGCUUCCACACGUACGAUGUUCAGAAACUUAGUCUUGUUGCAGUAAGUAACUCUGUUCCACAAGAUAUCUGCUGUAUGGCAGCUGAUGGAAAGCUAGUCUUUGCUGCAUAUGGGAAUGUUUUCUCUGCAUUUGCUCGUAACAAAGAGAUAGUACAUACCUUUAAGGGUCAUAAGGCAGAAAUCCAACUUUUGCAGCCCUUUGGUGACCACAUUAUUUCUGUUGAUACGGACAGUGUUCUUAUUAUUUGGCACAUAUAUUCAGAAGAAGAAUACCUGCAACUAACCUUUGAUAAAUCAGUUUUUAAAAUUUCUACAAUUUUGCAUCCAAGUACCUACCUGAAUAAACUACUUUUGGGCAGUGAACAAGGAAGCCUGCAAUUAUGGAAUGUAAAGUCUAAUAAGCUUCUAUAUACAUUUCCAGGAUGGAAAGUUGGAGUGACAGCUCUUCAGCAGGCACCAGCUGUGGAUGUUGUUGCUGUUGGACUUAUGUCUGGUCAGGUAAUCAUUCACAACAUUAAGUUUGAUGAAACAUUAAUGAAGUUUUGUCAAGACUGGGGACCCAUUACUUCAAUUUCUUUUCGCACAGAUGGUCAUCCAGUAAUGGCAGCUGGAAGCCCAUGUGGCCAUAUUGGACUCUGGGAUCUGGAAGACAAAAAAUUAAUCAAUCAAAUGAGAAAUGCACACUCUACAGCAAUUGCGGGACUAACGUUUCUUCAUAGAGAGCCACUUCUUGUUACAAAUGGUGCUGACAAUGCUCUCAGGAUAUGGAUAUUUGAUGGUCCUUCAGGUGAAGGACGGUUACUGAGAGUCAGAAUGGGACAUAGUGCUCCUCUUACCAGUAUUAGAUAUUAUGGACAAAAUGGACAACACAUUCUCAGUGCAAGUCAGGAUGGAACGCUUCAGUCAUUUUCCACAGUACAUGAAAAAUUCAACAAGAGCUUGGGACAUGGACUAAUAAACAAAAACAGAGUGAAACGUAAAGGACUACAGAAUACCUUGUCAGUAAGACUUCCUCCUGUCACAAAGUUUGCAGCCCAGGAAGCUCGUGAGAGUGACUGGGAUGGUAUCAUUGCUUGCCAUCGAGGUAAGCUAUCUUGCUCAACGUGGAACUAUCAGAAGUCUACAAUAGGAUCUUACUUUCUCAAGCCAAAGGAACUGACCAAAGAUAAUAUUACUGCAACAGCAGUAGAUAUAACUUCUUGUGGAAAUUUUGCUGUCAUUGGCCUCUCGUCAGGUACUGUAGAUGUAUAUAACAUGCAGUCCGGUAUACAUCGAGGAAGUUUUGGCACUGAUCAAGCUCACAAAGGAUCUGUGAGAGGUGUUGCUGUGGAUGGAUUAAACCAGUUGACAAUUACAACUGGCAGUGAAGGAUUACUCAAAUUCUGGAACUUUAAAAACAAAAUUUUAAUCCAUUCCAUGAGUCUUGAUUCAUCUCCAAACAUGAUGCUACUACAUCGGGACAGUGGUAUCUUGGGACUUGCCUUAGAUGAUUUCUCCAUUACGGUUUUGGACAUAGAAACUAAGAAGAUUGUCAGAGAGUUCUCAGGACACCAAGGCCAAAUCAAUGACAUGACAUUCAGUCCUGAUGGUCGUUGGUUAAUAAGUGCUGCAAUGGAUUGCACUAUUAGGACUUGGGACCUUCCAUCUGGGUGCCUUAUAGACUGCUUUUUGUUGGACUCAGCUCCUCUCAAUGUAACUAUGUCCCCUACUGGAGACUUUCUGGCAACUUCCCAUGUGGACCACCUUGGAAUUUAUCUUUGGUCUAAUAUUUCCCUAUAUUCAGUUGUUUCACUACGACCACUUCCUACAGAUUAUGUUCCUUCAGCAGUGAUGCUUCCUGGUACUUGUCAAACUCAAGAUAUAGAAGUCGAAGAAGAAGUAGAACCAAGUGAUGAAAUGAUAGAAUAUGACUCACCAGAGCAGUUAAAUGAGAAGUUGGUGACCCUAUCCCUUCUCCCUGAAUCGCGGUGGAAAAACCUGCUUAAUCUUGAUGUUAUUAAGAAAAAAAAUAAACCAAAAGAGCCACCCAAAGUACCCAAAUCAGCACCAUUUUUUAUUCCAACUGUUCCUGGACUUGUACCCAGAUUUGCUGUACCUGAACAAAGCAGCGAUCCCCAGCAGUCUAGAGUAGUAAAUCUUGGUGUUUUGGCUCAAAAAUCAGAUUUCUGCCUGAAACUUGAAGAAGGACUAUUGAAUAAUAAAUAUGAAACUGCUCUGAACCUUCUGAAAGAAUUAGGCCCCUCGGGAAUUGAAACAGAGCUGCGGAAUUUGUCUCCAGAUGGUGGUGGAUCUAUAGAAGUUAUGCAGAGUUUUCUGAGAAUGAUUGGAAUGAUGUUGGACAGAAAGCGGGAUUUUGAGUUAGCCCAGGCUUACCUUGCAUUAUUUCUGAAGUUACACCUCAAAAUGGUUCCUUCAGAACCAGUACUCCUAGAAGAAAUGACAAAAUUGUUAUCACAAGUGGAAGAAAACUGGAUUCAUUUACAAUCACUCUUCAAUCAAAGCAUGUGUGUUUUAAACUAUAUCAAAAGUGCCUUGCUAUAAAAGUAAGCUUAAGAGUUUGAAAUAAAGUUAUGCAUUAAAUGGGUUCAACUCAGAGUUGUGCUGAAUUAAAUGGAAGAUAUCAGAUAAAAUGGAUCAUAAUAUAGUUAUAAAAAUUACUUUAUGAUAAAAGGAAUGUUUCCCUCUGGGAAACCUUUCAUGAAAACAUGAGUUGUUGACUCUUGGAGCUACCAGACAUAGCUGACAUUUUCAGCUACAGCCCUUGUGUUGCAGGCGAUUGGAAAUAAAGUCAGCUGGGAUCUCAGUGGAUUCAACUUCCUAACACAGGACUAGUGCUUCCCUCAUUAUCAUGUUCCUGAAGAAAGUUCUUGAAUCAGAAAUGUGAAUGUUACUUGCCCAAUUAAAAUCAUUAUAGGAAGAGUCUGAACAUACACCAAGAGAGGAAAGUAAAAUUCCAAAUUCCAUCAAAGGUUGUCCUCAGAGGCUUUCCUUUCUGAAUUCAUGAUUUGUCAUUCCUGAAAUACAGCUGACUAGGUUUGAACACAAGUGACACUCCCAUUCAGCAUUAGGAUGACAGAACUUUAAAGAAUGAUCUCUUGAUAAAAAGUCUUGAAAGUAGUUAACUAAUAGGAUUUCUAUCUAAUGGAAUAUGAUAGAAUUACUAAAUUACCAUGGAAGUAAUGCAGUGUGACUUUGUACUCAUGUUUGUUUGUAUUUUUUAAAUGUGUAUCCAUUUACUAAAGCCAGUAUAUCAGCAGUAAUGUGUUGACUUUGGAACCUGUAUUUCCCUCUGUCCAAAAUGGAAUAUUAUGAAGAUAAAGUGCUAAUAAAUGGUUAAGUACUUUGUAAAGAUUGUAAAUAAUACAAAAUAAUAAGAGCUAUAAACUGAAAUCAUACUCCUUUUACAAAUGAUGAUCUGAGUUUUCUACUCUUUCAAAUGAGAGUCCAGAGUUAAGUAUGUUGUUUUUAUUGGAGAUCUUUAUUUUUUCAGGUACUCUUCCAGAGCUUUCCCUGUACAUUUGCUAACAAUGAAGGGAGGAGAAUGAAAUAUGAACUAUAGUAUUGUGCAUAGUAUUUUUCUUAAAAAGAUCAGUAUGUGCAUAGUUUUUAUGCAUGUAUAGCAAUAAGUUUUACUAUAAAAAGUCAGUCUUUUUAUAGUAGUACGUAGCCACAGGAAAUAAAAUGUACAGUCUUGGCUUUUA